GCACCACCUUGAAGAAUUUGAUGAUAAUGGACAGCUGAAUUAGAAAUUCCUUUUUGUAUCACCUUCCUAUUUUUCUCGUUUUUAACCUUCUUCUGUGUGGAAGUGUCCCGCCAGGCUGUCCAUAAUGGACGAGGGUGACGACCUGUCCGAUUUCCUGAGCCUUUUAGAAGAAGACUGUGGCACAGAAGCCGCAAAACCCUCGUCAGAAAUUGCUCCUCCGGCGCCGGUGGCUAAGCCUGCUUCAUCGUCGGGCUACAGAGAAAUUACUGAUCCGGACGCCUUCCUGCGGCCCUCCGAGGAUGGCGGUCCGUCCCAGGUUCACGGUGGUGACACGGAUUCCUCAGACGACGAAGACAACCGGAAUUUCCAAGAGCAGAACCUCACCACCUUUGGCCGGGAUGUCAAAAAGUUGAUGCACGCUCGAGAGGAGACUGCCGAGAGCAAUAAAAAGUCCUUUUCUCUGAGUGGACUCAAAGGUGUUGGAACCAAGACAGAGCAGAACGACCCCAAAGUGUCCUGGAGCCGGAAUCAGGCUGUUGCUCCGACGAACCAGCAGAAUCUGAGACAGGCUAAAACAGUUUCCGGUCUUUCCGGACUGCCCAUGAAGGCAGCAGACAGGGAUUGUUUUCUCGAGCCAAUUUCUGGAAUAAGAGUUGUAAAUCCGCUGGUCACUCAAGAAUUCAUCUUGGAAAGAUCUGAUGGUCGACAAACAGUGUCCUGCUCGAUGGUCAAGCGAAAAUAUGAGUCAAACUCUAUUCAAAACGACUGGUUGACAACAGGUGUCAUUGUCAGCUCCAUGAAGAAAGUCUCUCAAAAGUCUAAGGAAUAUUUGGUUUGGACUAUCAGUGAUUUGAAGCAGGAUAUGGCCACAGUGACAGUUUUCCUAUUCUCGAGCGCCAAUACAACUUUCACGACUGCCAAAAAAGGAACGGUGGUUGGGAUUUUGAGUCCAAACAUCCUUCCUCCUAAUUCAGCAAAAUUUGAUCUCAUCUUGACUGUGAAUGACGCUCAGAGAAUUCUAAUCAUCGGAACUUCCAAGGAUUAUGGCGUCUGCAAAUCACAAACUGCCAAAAACGAGCCAUGCUCCAAUUUUGUGAACACAAAUGUGUGUCCGUAUUGUACUUACCAUCUUUCGAAAGAGUACAAGCGUCACUCUGGAAAACCGACUGCCCCUCAUUCUGCUUUGAUGAACAAAGUGCUUGGAAAAUCGGAGGUUUUUUACGGAGGAAAAUCUUAUUCCGCCAUAAAGCAACCACCUAAAAAGAUUCCCAGAGAGCAUUUGUCUCAAUUGGCUCUGCCCCAGCCUACCAACAAGAAGAUCAAGGCCAGAGAUCACCUUCGAAUGCAGUCCUUGCUGGCGGAAGGACAGGAGAUGCCAAAUACAAGCUCCGUGAUUUCUGUCAGUCCGCUAUCCUUGAAACCAAAAAACAUCACUCGAAUGCACCACAUUAUGAACAACACCAGGAAGGCAACGGUGCUUUCCGGAGACAAACAGCCAACACAACAAGGCAGCGUUUCUAAACUGGCAGGCGUCCUUGGCAAGAACCAGUCAAAAAUUUCUGAAUCUUCAGCGCCAAAACCGUCUUUAUCGAAAGCAGCCCCUAAGCAAACAGCAACUGCUAGUUCGAGAAAUGUUCAGAGCGCCAAAAGUUUACUUUCAACGCUGACUGAUUCAAAAAAGGAAAGUUCGUUAAGCAAACCUUCAGCAAUGACUCCUCCGCCAACCAAGAAAGUUGACCUUUCAAAUCUUGGAGGCUCCAAUGGUCGUCCAACGCUGAGUAAAUUCAAUUCUAUAGACUUAGGAGAUUUGUGCAGAAAACCUGUUCUCCACGAUCAGGAUAGAGCUAAGGUUGCUGCUUUACAAUUAGUGAGAGCAAAAGGCCCAUUCAAAAAGGAAAACCCAAAUAAAGUGAAGAAGGCAGCUUCGGCGGCAAAGGUCAACGCUUCCCUGAAGAGAAAAGUUCCUGUUGAGGAUGAUGAAGAAGAGGCAAAGCUGAGAGCCGAAUUUGAGCUGAAAAAGCCAAAGUUCUUGGCGAUGAUUGAGACUGGAUCUCAACACCAGGACUUGGUAGAGAGUGCUCAUCAAGAAGCCGAAGACAAUUACUUCAACAACAUGGAAACCAAGGAGAAAAUUGAGGACAAAAUGCUCAACACCCACAAAGUUGAAGUGAAAGCAAUCAAGUGCACUCUGUGCAAUUAUUUAUCCCUGGCUCGAAGUGACUUUUGCCGAAAGCAAGGUCACCCGGUCAAACUGGUGCAGACGCACAAACGCUUCUUCCAGUGCAAGGGAUGCAAAAAUCACAUAUGGGUCCUCGAGCUUGUGCCAACGUCGGCUUGCUCCAACUGCGGACAGAGCCACUGGGAACGGGCAGGCAUGAUCAAAGACAAGCAAGCCAAGUUUGAGACUCUGCGCAUCAGUGCUGGAGACCGAGAGACCUUCAACCCGGCCAACAUGAACAGUUUGGUGCCCGACUGAGAUCCUGGCCAAAAGGUCAGUUCAAUAAUUCCCUAAUUUUGGGAUGAAUAUGCAUUGUUUAUUAUUGCUAAAUCCGUGAUUCUUAUAAAUUUACAACAAAAAAUACUGAUUCUUCUUGAGUAUCUGUAUUACCCCUUUUUUCAAAAUAGAUAUUUGUACAGUAAAAUUGAUUACAAGUUGAAGGAUAGUCCGGUGCCCUUGAGAUUGGUCUCGGUCCAGUUGUCGAAACGGCUGAUCAUGUCUUUGGACAUUUGACCUUUGUAGUCGCCAACACUGCCCUUCCUCAUAAAGGCGCCUUUCUCAAUUUCCUCCUUGUCAAUCAAAUUGUACUUCCUGUUGAUCUCCACCACAUCUUCAUAGUUCACCGCUGGGUUGUUUUUCAUGCUGUUGAAGCUCAGGUGCUCUGUGAGGAUUUCCACCUUUGCGUCAGACAGAUUUUUGCCCAGGAACU